CUCCCAGCGCCAGCCCGCGAGACGACGACAAGAUGGUCCUCGCAAAGAAGCACGUCCCCAUCGUCAAGAAGCGCACCAAGCGUUUCUGGCGCCACCAGUCCGACCGCUUCAAGUGCGUGCCGGAGUCAUGGCGCAAGCCCAAGGGUAUCGACAACCGCGUCCGUAGACGCUUCCGUGGCAACAUCCCCAUGCCCUCCAUCGGCUACGGAUCCAACAAGAAGACCAAGCACAUGAUGCCCUCCGGCCACAAGGCUUUCCUCGUCCACAACCCCAAGGACGUUGAGCUCCUGUUGAUGCACAACCGCACCUACGCCGCUGAGAUCGCCAGCGCCGUCUCCUCCCGCAAGCGCGUCGACAUCAUCGCCAAGGCCAAGGCUCUCGGCGUCAAGGUCACCAACCCCAAGGGCCGCGUCACCACCGAGGCUUAAAUGGAUAUGGAAUGAAUGUAAAGAAAGCCCAAGAAAUUUCAUCAUUUUCAUUUUCAUUUUUCAUUAAAACUCUUUUUUCCACUUUAUACCAACCAAAAUGGGAAAACCAACCACUUUCGGGGGACAAUUAAAAAAAGCAAACAACAGACAACUACUACUACGUGGUUGUUUUGUUAGUUUGUGAUUUUGGGGACUUGCGGAGCCUUGAAUCAUCGCAUCUUCUCUAAUGUGGGCUUUGGCUUUGUGUGUGUCUGACGUUGACGACGUAUGUGCUGGAUUGCAAGCGUUUUCCAUCUGUCAUGGGGGCGCUUGUGGUCGUGGCUGGUGCUGCCAGUCUGGGAAUAAAAAUUCAAAUCUUAUGAAGA